UAGGACAGAGAGUGCUUUGAAGUUUGGAUGGUUCUUUCUGUUUUAUUUGGUGAGUUCUGUAAUGUGUUAUUGUGGCAAAAGGCUCUCCAGAUUAAGUCGAACAAACACAAUAGACAUCUCAUCUUCUUUUCAUACCUUAUUGCAACUGCACAUUUGUUUCUGUGUAUAUUCAGCUGUGGCUCCUCCAGUUAUUUUCAAGGGAAAAUCUUUGACAGGAAUCUUGCCAACGAUUGAAGUCAUAGGGAAUAGUGUCAUAGACGUGUUAUUUUACUUCGUUGGAUUUGGAUUAUUCUGCCUCGAGUCUCUGCUCAGCAUUUGAGUCAUUCAGGUGGAUAUUUCUUUUGAUUAGAAUUUGGGAAAAACUAAAUGAAUUACAUCUUGAAUAGUAGUCUAUUCCUUCUCUAUGUUAAAUGAGAGUGGCCCACGCUCUUGUUGCUAACCAUGAUAGUUAACUAUUUCUAGUGACCUUUAUUUACAUAUUUGUCAAAGGAGACUUGAA